UUGCUGAAGGGAAGACAACAUGAAGACUUGGUUAAUCUUUUCGGUAUUCUUGUUGGUGAUUUUAACAACUUUUGUUACCGCGAAAAUCAAGAAACUCAGGGGAAACAAUCCUGGAUUAUGUUCAAGUAAGAACAAUGGUCAGGUUAUGGUGGUUCGAGAUCGACAAAAGAAACAUAAACUCCUGAUCUGUACAAACGACGAUGGAAUUUUUGGAUGGAGAACAUUGGAUGGAUCUAGUCCAACAGGUGAAUUUUUCAGUCCAGCCUACGACUGCACCAGCAUAUUGAACAAAGACCCGAAGGCUAAAGAUGGUUUUUACUGGAUCACACUUGGGUACAAAAUACCAAGAAAAGUUUAUUGUGAUAUGACUACCGACGGAGGGGGUUUCUAUUUGGUUGGUCGCAAGAAUACAUCGAUAACCUGGACUGUUCCUUCCAGCAACACUCCAGUUGAACCAUUUGGCGAUCCUCAUUGGAUAAGCUCAUUGGGCAAUGCACCAAUCAUUGAUUUUAGAGUUCAAGUUUCAAGUCAGGAAAAAUUUGAGGCAACAAAGGCACAUUGGUACUAUAGACUUCGAAAACCACGAGCACUUAAGAAUUUGAUGAUCAUAAAUAAAGGAGGAUGUAAGAAAUCGUCGCCAGGAAUAGGAGACGUACAGUUUGUGAAAAAUUUAUUAACCGAUACCGUCGUAACGCGAAACUUUCGUUGCUCGAAAUUUGGCGUGGCUCAUAACGCAAAGACACAAUUUGGAUGGGCUAGGAUGAAUUAUUGCUUGCAAAGGCCAUGUCGCUGGGGAUUUGCUUUUCAUCACAAAUUUCCUCUUCAAACCGACUACUCUGGGGCAUUCAGCUACAGCACAAAGAACAGGAUUUCCGGAAUAAAUUACGGAGCGACCGCUUUCAUUGGUUGCGACAAUGGCCAGUGUUGCGGAUGCUACGGACCAAAGAAUGGAACGAAGAACUAUUGCUUCAAAGAAUGUGAUUCACGAAAUGGUGGAACAGUCCGAGAAACUGUAUACACUUGGUUCUGGGUGAGAUCUGUUCUUCCGACAAAACUGUGGACUAAAUGCAUGCAUGGACUACAAAGUGAUCGAAAAUGGCGCUUCUGUGUGGUACAAACUUCUCGGUGGAAAUGAAUUACCAAAGAAGGGACGCUGUGCGAAAGGCAAGGCUCUUUACUACGAAGGAAUGUUGGUUGUUCCGGACAAUGCAACAGCAAAGAAAAUACCAAGUGUCGAAGGAAUGAUAGUGUACAGGAAAGACAACAACAAACUUUACGUUCAAGGCGAUAAUAAAUUAAACGCGUUGGCUGAGGAAAAGAAGAUAAUCAAAAUAUUGGAUAAAGAUAUUGCGAAAUUGGAGAGUAAAUUCGACAGUUUCAAUAAAACCUUGAAUAACAAAAUACACUCACGUUAUAUUUUGGCUUCCACAGUCCUGAAUGGUCAACCUGAAAGUUUUCUUAAGCAGUUAAAAGCAUGGUUUUCGUUUAAUAAUCUAAGAUGCUGUUGGAGAGCUUCACUGGAUGGCUGGGAUUCUCAUGUGUUUCAUUCGCGAUGUGACUAUAGAGGGAAAACAAUCACUUUGGUUAAAGUUGGGAAUUACAUCUUCGGUGGAUACUCACCUUAUUAUUGGGGUGGGUCCAGUGGUAGUUACCGAUCAAGCUCGAGCAGCUACGUUUUCUCCCUGCGCAACAAAUACAACUUGAGUCCAUUCAGAUCAGACGUCUACAGAUACAGCAGCAAUGCAAUUUACACAAACCCGUCAUAUGGACCAACGUUUGGUGGCGGACAUGAUAUAUAUCUCAAGCAAUGCUAACAAGAACAGAAAUUCAUAUUCAAAUUUUGGUCACACCUACCGUCCUCCAUCUGGCUACGGUUAUGGCAACAGUAAUACCAAAGCACUAUUGGCUGGUAGUUACUAUUUCACUCCCACUGAAGUUGAAGUUUAUUAUUAUGUGUGACAUUAGUUCAGCUAAUUUUGCGUGUAAUUAGCUUAAGAAAGUAAU